AGAUGGAAGAGAAUUUAAGGAUUAGAGAGACUAAACUAUAAUAAACCAAUAACCAAUCAAUUCCCUUUAGAUAUUUGACGUAGAUAGAUUAUUAUUAGGCUACGUCCCUAGAGUGGAGUGCUUUAUCAAGACCCCUGAAUUACAAUCUAACAAUAAAAGAUAGAUCUGAAACUAAGAACUCAUAAUUAUUUUGAAGU